AUGGCGAGUUAUCCUUCAUCAAACCAUUCAAGUGUUUUAUCAAGUAGAAUAAGUGGUGAAAGUGUUUUCUCAAAUUCAUCAUCUUCAACGACUUAUACACAGUUUACAUUACCGAUAGCUGCACAAUAUUCUUCUCCUACUAAAAGCACAUUUAAUGAUGUUAAUGUUGAUUAUCGAAUAGAACAUGUGGAUUCGCAAGCGAAUUGGUAUCGAAAAUAUUUUUAUGGAAAAGAUACCAUAACAAUUAAAACUAAUCGUGAAAGUAUUUAUUGGUAUAGAUAUAUCGUUCGAAAAAGAGACAUGCAAGAUGAAAGAAGUGUAUUGGUAGGACCACCUGUAAUUCCAUUGGGAGAACCUUUAUGGGAUGAUUUAUUGAAAAUGAUAAAUAAAGAUUUUGCAAAUGGUCGAUUAACAAAAUUCAUUACUACACCCGAAUUAAGUAAGGAACUGUUAAAUUUAGAUGAAUCACGGAAUACGGAAGAGGAAUGGUUUUCUAAUACAUAUACAUCAUCAGAAUACGAUAAAUUCUUAAAUAUAUUAGGAAAUGAGGUUCAAUUGCAAGGAUGGCAAGGUUUUGGUGGUGGAUUAGAUACAAAAACUGGUGAAACGGGGGAUUGUUCAAUUCAUGAUAUUGGAACUUGGAAAGAUUUUGAAAUAAUGUAUCAUGUGUGCACUAUGUUACCAUAUGAGAGAAAAGAUAAAUAUCAAAUUACUAGAAAAAGACAUAUAGGAAAUGACGUCCGGAAGCCAUUUUCACCAAGUUCAAUACGUUCACAAUUCUUACAUGUAUUUUUAGUGGUUAGUCCUGUACUAACGGAAGAUGGAAGUCAAGCGUAUAGUGUAGAAAUUGUAUGUAAGGAGGGAGUUCCUAAUUUUGGUCCGGCGCCACCUAAUCCUCCUAUAUUUUACGAUAUGACAUUAUUAAAAAGAUUUAUAGUGGCUACAGUAAUAAAUGGCCAGAAUGCAGCUUUGAAAACCCCAAAAUUAUGUGAUCCAUUUUUACGUGCUAGAUACGGAAGAAUGGAUGACCUCGCCCACCAAUUUGUACCUAUAAUAAUACCACCACUAUCUUCACCAAUACCAGAAAUAUCAAAAAAAGAUAAAAUAUCACAUAAAGAAGAACUUAAUUCUAUGUUAAAGAGUUUAUUUGUUAAUGAAUUAAAAUGUGGUAGUGGUCGAACUCCCGAAAUUAUGCGAGUUAAAACACUUUUAGAUAGAGGAGCUGAUCCCAAUAUUCGAAUACCGCAACCUAUCCCAAAUUCAAGAUUUUCAUUUUCAAGUGAAAAGGAUACGAAUAUGGAUAAAAUAAAUUAUUCAAAUCUACAUAAAUUACCAAAUAUUUUGUUUGCGGUUAUAUUAUUAAGUGAUGAUCCGAUAUUUGCAAAGCUACUUGUUAAUUAUGGAUGUGAGACAAUGCCGCAAGAUCAAUAUUUCCCUAAUGCUUUCGUGUUUGCUGCAAAAUGUCUCCUGGAAAAUGUACCUUCGUUAGGUGAUCCCGAAAGAGUUGAUGCAGCAAUAGAUAAUAUUAGUAUUAAAAAUAGUAGCCCCAGAGAAAAAUCUUAUAAUAAAUUAUGGAGGGGAUUAUCUGGAAUAAGAAAAUGGAAAGAGAAUAUAACGCGCGGAUAUUGA